AUGGGCGGUGGGUUCUCCAUUAUUGGAGCAUAUUUCAUGAUAAUCAUGGAGCAAGAAAGUAGACAAGUUCGCGUCAUAUUAUGGUGUUAUCCCCGUACUCUCUCAACCGUACUCACGAAAUGUUUGAGUUUUAUCGAGGACAUUGAAGUUUGGUUUGAACCUUUCACUUACUGCGAUAUUCCGAACAUUUUAUACCGGGCGGAAACUGGGAAGGACCUUCCCCCGGAGUACACGGCUGAGAAUUCAGGUGAAUUUGCGGCUGCUGUCAGAUUGUUUGUGGAGCAGCUGGGUGUUUCGCCGUCAAGCAUUGAACCUGAGCGCAUUGCCUAUGGUAGUGUGAAACAACGCCUGGAUUCAACGCAGAGUAAAUUUGUCCUUGUCAAAGACAUGAGUGUUGCAUUGCGGGACGAGACUCUACGCAAGUACAUACCAUCCGGAUAUCAGCAUGUGUUUCUCAUUCGAGAACCAAUGUCUGCCUUCCGUUCCUAUCGCAAAGCUUGCAUCAUCCGCGAUAAACCAAAAGAUGAAGAGUUGUACCAUGUCGUGAGAGACGAUGCCUAUCUGACCGCUGAUGAAUUCUUUCCGAGCCUUCACAGCCUGUGGAAGUAUGUCCGGCAUAACAUUGACCCGAACCCAAUGGUCAUCAACGCAGAUGACCUGAAGACCGACCCUGGAGCCGUUCUCAAGAAGUUUUGCGCAAAGACGGGACUUCCUUACAGUGAUUCGUUGCUACGCUGGGAUGCUUCAACCAAGGUUGUGAAAACCUGGAAGGCUUGUGGGGAAACGCUUCUCCAUGAUUUACCAAUAUUUUUCCUCGAUGCUGCGACGUCAAGUGAGUUUGUGGCUUCAGCAAGUAAACCUGUUACUCGCGAAGAACUCACAGAAGAUGUCCUUAGACUGGUGGAUGUUGCCUUACCCCUUUAUCAGGAGAUGAAUGAAUAUAAAGUUUGAACAUUGGGUGAUUUCAAGUUCAGUGUUGACCUUUGAUAAUUGUGUUGGGCCAAUAUUGACUGUUUUGUUGAUGUUAAAAGUAUAGUUAUUUUGUACUUAGUAUACAGCUGAUAUAAAUGAUGAUUGAUGAUUACUGCGAUGCCUGAAGAUUAAUUAAAAGAUAAUUUGUAUCUAUGCUGCACUUUUGUACUAGCUAGUAUAUUGUAUUAAAACUGAAA